AUGAAGAUCUAUUACAUUGGCAUCUUGAAGGUCAAGGACUCCGUGGUGGAGCUUGCCGCGGCCAGAGACCUCAGCCAGUUUUCAUUUUUUGAGAGAUCCUCGGUAUCUCAGUUCAUGACAUUUUUCUCCGAGACCGUGUCCCAAAGAACCGAAGCUGGUCAGAGACAGAGUAUCGAAGAAGGCAACUACGUUGGCCACACAUAUACCAGGCUGGAGGGCUUAUCGUGUGUCGUGAUCACCGACAAGGAGUACCCUGUUAGACCUGCCUACACGUUGAUCAACAAGAUUUUGGAGGAGUACCUCUCGUUGCAUCCAGCCAACGAAUGGAGCACAAUCACCGAGCCAAGCCCUGCUUUUGCUUUCGACAAGUUGGACACCUACAUCAAGAAGUACCAGGACCCAUCGCAGGCUGACUCUAUCAUGAAGGUUCAGCAGGAGUUGGACGAGACCAAGAUCGUUUUGCACAAGACGAUCGAGUCUGUUUUGCAGAGAGGAGAGAAGUUAGACACUUUGGUGGACAAGAGUGAAGCGCUUUCGUCGUCGUCAAGAAUGUUCUACAAGCAAGCCAAGAAGACAAACUCGUGUUGUGUCAUUGUCUAG